CAGCUGCUAGCAAGACAGCACGUCUUGUUGUCGGGCUAACAUGAGUCUGAGGAAGGAAUAUUAUUUUUGCUCAUGAGCCUUAUCUAUACAAAAGAUUUUUCAAUGCAAAUAUUUAUUUCAUUCAAUGGACUCUGAGUGAGAGACUGAAUAUCAUAAUGCCAUCAGCAAAGGUGCUGAAAAAUGCUCAGUAUAUUGAAUUGGGAAGCUACCAGUAUUGGCCAGUUCUGGUGCCCAGAGGAAUUCGCCUGUACACUUAUGAGCAAGUGCCAGGGUUUCUUAGGGAAAAUCCUUAUAUCACUGAUGGCUACAGAGCCUAUCUGACCUCUAGACUGUGCAUUAAAAGCCUUUUCAUUCUGUCCAAUGAGACGGUAAACAUCUGGAGUCAUAUGUUGGGAUUCUUCUUGUUCUUUACACUGGGAGUCUAUGAUUUGCUGGCAGUGUUGCCUUCAUUAGGAGCAUCUAGGGAGGACUAUGUCAUCUACUCCAUAGGUCUCUUCUGCUUCCAGGUGUGCAUGCUGUGCUCCGUGGGUUAUCACCUGUUCUGCUGCCACCGCUCCGAAAAGACCAGCCGGCGCUGGAUGACGCUGGACUACGCUGGAAUCUCUGUCGGAAUUCUAGGCUGUUAUGUAACUGGAGUAUUCUACGCCUUCUACUGCAAUAAUUACUGGCGGCAGAUGUAUCUGUUAAUUGUUCUUGCCAUGAUGCUAGCAGUGUUCUUUGCUCAGAUACACCCUCAUUACUUGACCAAGAAGUGGCAGAAGCUGCGCUCCAUUAUAUUCUGUGCUGUAGCAGGAUAUGGCCUUAUUCCCACCUUUCAUUGGAUAUGGCUCAGUGGGGGUUUCAGCUCAGAUGUAGUCCAGGAAUUUGUUGCCAGACUGCUGAUAAUGUAUGUACUUGCUAUAGCUGCUAUCAUCUUCUACAUGUCCAAAGUUCCAGAGCGUUAUUUUCCAGGUCAGCUGAACUACCUGGGCUCCAGCCAUCAAGUCUGGCACAUACUGGUGGUACUCAUGUUCUACUGGUGGCAUCAAUCUGCACUCUUCAUAACCAACUACCGUCAUUCUCACCCUUGCCCUGACUACCAUCUUCAUUCCUAGAAUAUUGGGGUAGGAGGGUCAGCCCCGAGGACUGUUGUUUACCAUUUUUAAUUGUCUUGAAGCUUGAACACAUUCAGUGUUUAUAAAAUAUGAUUGCGAGAUGUAUGGGGUUAUUUUAAUUAUAAGUUGUUUUUAUAGCCUUUUUUUCAUAUAAAUUUUACAUAAGUGACUAGCUGUUCCAAUCUAAAUAUUUAAAAAAAAAGGCACUUGAUAGGGUAAAGCAGUGUUGGGCUUCACAGCAUCUGCCUGAGGUGGGUUUCUCCAUCUUAAAACAAGUACAAACAUGUUUCUUUGUGUCUGUGUUUGGGUAACCUGCAGUAUUUAUUUAUAUGCAGUAUCUGGAAAAAAGUGUUAUACUAAUAGUUAAGCAUUCAGUAUUGUAUUUUCUUUUCAAUACUAUUUAGUUUUUUACUUAUUUGUUUUUGCAGCUAGCAUACAGCCCUUCUAACAAACUGAAUAGUAUUACAUUUAAAUUUAUGUGCAUUUUUACAUUAAAGUGACAGUCUAAACAAGACGCUUUGUCUUAUAUAAUCUCCUUUAUAACAUUGCAUAAACCAAAGAGGUUGGGCUUUUUCAGGAUUGAUCAAAUGUUAAGCAAAACAGUGUCAUUUAUAUUUUGAAGGUUGUUGCACAUCAUUGCAAUUUUGCAGAAAUGCAUAUAGAAUAAUUAGUUCUAUUACAGUUUUUUCCAACUGCUUACACAAAUUUUCAAAACUAUGUCUCCUUUUUUCAAAACUCUACACAAAAUGCCUACUCAUCUUGCUCUCUGUCCAUUGUUGGCAUCCAUUGUUCAAAACAGGUAAUCUGACCUUUGACCUAUUUAUAGGCCUAUACUACAGUAAAGCAGUGAUUGGUUAGUGAUCAGUUAAGCAAUUAGUGUUUGCACAUGUGAGGAGUGUGUGUGAGAGACCUGGGGCACGUUCAAGUUCAAAACGGUGCGCAACGUUUUGCUACGGUUUCAGGGUUGAACGUCAUGUUUCCUUGAAACGGCGUGCACCGGUGUGCAACGGGGUUUGAGAUGCGUUUUCUCUUGUUUGGUGGGUGUGUCAGAACUGCAGUCCAAUCAGCAGCAACAUGUAUAUAAAGCACGCGGAAUUAAAGUGAACUCACACAAUGGGUUCAAAUAAAGUAUUUUACAAAUGUGUUCGAUGCAGCUCGGUUUACGCAUCAACUGAGGAUAUUAGAAGACAUGUUUGUCGUAAGUUUUAUUGUAAAAUAUAGGAUAUCAACAUAAUGAUGUAGUUGUUUAGGCUAUAUUUUUAGCUUCAUUGCAAGUGUAUGACAUUUGGUAUAGAAAUAAACAAUGGUAAUUAAGUGCUUUUCCUAAAAAUGAGAAAGAAAAUACAGGGUAUUAAAACAGUAUGAACUACAAAUCAAGUCAGUAUGUGAGGCUAAAUAGAUGUUUUAGUCUGAAUUAGGUAAGAUGUGUGCUUCCGUCACAGUUUCCACAAAUCCCUUCACUCGAUUGGGAAGUUCUCUCGUGUUCUGGGCGGCAAGUGCAGUAACUGUAACAUCGGGCAUAUUUUGCAGUAUUAAACACAUAUUUAUACCGACUUCAUCAGGCUCCGAAAAUUCUUCACAAAGAACAAAAAGAAUGGCCUUCUCAGCUGCCAUAGUUGCAACUCUUGCGUCAUCAGAAUAGUGCGUUCAACGCAUCACCGUUUCUGUUUAAAAAACGUUGUGCAUCGUUUUGUCGGCGCUGAACGCAGCCCUGGUGAAUAAGUGUAGCAUUUUGAUUGGUUGUGUUUGGAAAAGGAAAUCAAGACACUUCCUGUUAGAUUUUUGUGUUUUAGGUAGAGAAUUGUGUGUAGUGUUUUGAAAAAAGUGUUUUAUGCAAUUUGACAACUGAGUCAAAGGCUGAGAAAUAGCUUAUGGUUUUGGAGAUUUGGUGUGUAGUUUUGCACUUUGAGUGAAAGGUUUAAAAAAUCGUGUGACAUGAAAAUAAUAAUAAUAAUAAUAAUAAUAAUAACUUUAUUUUGUAUAGCGCUUUUAAAAGUUAAUUCUCAGAGCGCUUUACAUAGCAAAAUAAAAAAAAAAAAAAAAAAAUAUAUAAAAAACACAUAAAAAGGCAUGAUCACACAAUACAAAAAAGAUUUUGAAAAGAUGAAAAGAUUUUGUGUGUAACAGUUGGAAAAAAUUGUAAGGCAGAUGCCUUUUGUUUACCAUUUUCUUUUGCUUUUAAGUUGUGCUCUUGCUCAGUUUACCACUAACAAUUUUAAAAUGUAUUGAACACUAUUCAGUAUAUUAAGCUUAGUAAGUUCACAGUGGAACUGAAUCAUCAGUUGAAAUCACGUGGAGUCAAAUUGUCAGGAUCUGACAUCCUUCUAGGACACCAAGUUAAGGAUUUGUGAAAUACAGCUAGUGUUCAUUUUAGUUUUUCUCAAUUGCUUUGGCUCAGUUCUCAAAUGAGAAUAUUUUUUUUUUCAAAACAAGUUAAUCUCUGAACAAUUCGAUUCUUGUUCACAACUGAUUUGAAUUUCUUAUUAAUUUAAGCAAAUUGCAUUUUGGCAUGUGUGCAAAUAAAGUACAAUUGUCUACAAUUUUCACAAUAACUAAAUGCACAUGUCUUGCUGAUUAAAACUGAUGAGUUGAUUCUUAGUAAAAUUGUCACUCUUCACAACUUCUAAAUAUUAUUUCAUCUUGUGAGCACAUGCAAAAUGAUCCAUUCAAUUAUCAAUAUCUGUCUGACAUACAUGUAUAUUCCAUAAAUAUCAAUGGCAUGGAAUAUUUGUGAUGUCUGCUAAAUAUUUGGCCAGAUCAACAAAAGCAACAGGAUGUCCUCAAGAAGAUAUUAACUUAUAGUGUUACGUACUGUGAGGAGGUACAAUUUGUUUUUUACAGAACUACAGCAGGGGUUUUUUUCACUAUAUAUUACUUUACAUGUAAGAAAUGUGUAAAAAUGGACAUGCAAAUGUGAAUCUUCUGUUUACAUGUAAAACAUUGCUACAAAAAUAAACUGUAUACAUAUGUGCAUAUCCUUUUUCUGUGUACUACAGUAUUGUACAGUAUUGACUUUUCAGUAAACUUUUACAUUCUGUUGAAAUUGGUAUCUAAAAAGCUCAGUGUGAUACAUAAUAGUAUUCAGCUAAACAAAACUGACACUGACUGCUUACUGUCCUAUACAAGAAUUUCAAAGUAGAACAAAUAUGAAAUUUGUGAAUAACAAAUAUUUCCAUGGUUGACUGACAUCUAAACAUUUUGACCAGUAUGGCUCACACAAUGACAAAAAAAUAAAUAAAAAAACUUUACAUUUUGGUGGCAUUGGCCAAUUUACUGACAAAAUAACUAGGUUUUGAAGCAUGAAUUAAAUGUUUUGGGUGAGUUACUACAUUUUGCAGACAUGCAAUAGAGUUGUGAUGUCCCAUAAAACAGUUGUGACAAUUACACUUACAGUUUAGUGAAUGUUAAGACUGUUUUGAAAAAUGGCCAAAGUGAUUGAGGAAAAACUGUAAAACAUUGUCUGCCUUCCAGCAAUGUACUGAAAGGCUAUACAAAUGUUGCUUUCCAUAGCACAAUGUCUGUUCUGCUUUUUCUUUUUAAACUGUAUAUCGGCAGGUUUAUUGCAAUGUCUGUCUCUCUUUGUGAGCGGCUAUUGAAUCAUGAAACUACAUGUUAUGUCACAGUUCUUUUUUUUUAUUUGUACUAUAUUGUGGUCUUCCCAACAAAGAGAUCUAAAUAAAUGUUUUUGUCCUUUAAACGUUUUGAAGGUUCUGCUCAUUUAAUUUUAUAGAAAUAAACAUUUUAUAAGCUGUUCAGUAGAUAAAAUUUGUUUUAUAAUUGUUUUUUUAAAUUAAAGUGUUUCCCAAAGAUAAAACUACAGGCCACUGAUAUCCAACCA